GAAAAAGAAACAGACUUGAACGUUUUUUCUGGUUUUGUUGUUCUUCCAGAUGCCACCUACAUAGAAAAAAAAAAAGAAAAAAAAAACAAAGUCAUCCGUGAUCGAUUCAAUCUCAAGCAGUUUCACCCACCGAUUUGAAAAAGACAUCGAUCUUGGUUCUUUGUAUUUUUCGUUCUCUACUGCCGAAGAAGAUUAGAUCCUGGUAAUUUUUUUGUGAAGGCGAAUUGGGAUUGUAGAAAUGGAAGAGCAGGGAUAUCAAUAGGCGGGUCAAUGAAUUAAGUUACUCGAUAAUGGAUGGUUGCCGCGGAUCCAAAUUUUUUUUUUGCGAUGAUCUGCUUCGAGAAAGAUAAUAAAUCUGUUUGUUAUUUCUUCCAUUUCUUAUUUCCUUUUUCCUUACAACCAUUUAUUAACAUGUACUUUUACUAUUUGUAGGUGACAAAUAGUGUAAACUGCUAAUAUGUUGUGUACACACAUAAGGAAAGCUGUUUUUACAUAAGCAAUGGAAGAAUGUCAGUAUUCUUUCUUAUGCAAAACUCGUAGAAAUAACUGAAAAGCAGUGUGAUUUAGAAAAUAAUUGUCUGCAAAACAUAUAGUUCUUUGAAUAACAAUACUCUAAACAAUAGUUCUUGAGAAAAAGUAAUAAAGAUUGUCUUUGAUUUAUUUGUUGGAUUUUUUAAAACCCUUAGAUAGUCUUGAGUUGGUUGAUCUUCACAGUCUUGGCUUUGACAUUCGUCACCUUUAGCUUCACUUAUCUGGGAGAAAAAGUAAACACCAGGUAAUAGUAAGACUAACUUAACAAAAUCCUGAGUCAAGUUAACAUAAUUAAGUUCAAACGUACCUUUGGUGCAAAGAGGUUUUGUAGAAUCGAUGGUUAGUUAUCCAGAUUUUGGAAAACCUAUUUAAAAACAACGUUUGUUUUAUUGUCAAUCUUUCCAUCUUCCCCCACAAUAUUAAUUUUUAAUCCCUUCUUCGACUUCGAGAGCAACAUAGAGUUGGCCGUGAAAAAACACCGGUUUUGGCAAAUAAAGUCCUAUUUUCUCGAGAGAUUGUCCCUGACUCUUGUUAAUCGUCAUAAAAUGCCACAGAUAGAGUAUGUUGUACCUUAUAAAUCUUUCUUCACGGUUGCGGAACUAAAUCCUUCUUCACAGUUGCAUGUAUUUUAACACCCUAAAAUAUUGAUGAAACCUUAUCAGGGUUAGACAUAUACCAUAAAAUUAUCUUAAAAGUUAUUUUGUAAAGCUCUGACUUGUGUAUCUGCAAGCACCAUCUCUAAUGUUUUGCCUAUUUGGACAAUGUAUUGGCGCCAUGAAUGCAAGAUCUUGACUUGGAUCCUCCAUGAAGAUUUGUAGGGACACAAUUCACGGAGAAGAGCAAAUGAAGUUGCCAUUGAAUUCUUGAAGAAGGUUUUGCUGGAAGGAAGUGACAUGGAGUUGAACACAGUCAGAAAAAUAAUAGAAGCAGAUGACCAAGCUAUUGAAGCAGUAAUCUGCAUUGAUCAUCUUCGCUUUUUUCAAAGAGAACAGUUGAGAACGGAUCCUGAACGUGGACAACGUAUAAUGGAGCAACUAAUGUAUGAAAGUGAUACACAAUGCCUCCAUGUUUUACGUAUGAGACAAAGAGUGUUUUUUAAGCUCUCAGAUACGCUAAAAAAGUAUGGUCUUAAAGAUUCUCAUCGGGUAAGAUCUGAGGUUGCAUUAGGAAUGUCGCUGAAGAUUUUGGGACAUAACUCAUCACAAAGGAGCAUAGCAGCAGAUUUUCAAGUUGCACAAUGGACUGUGACAACAAAAUUUGAUGAUGUUGUUAAUGCCCUUUGUUGCUUGCAUUCAGACAUUGUAUCAUGGAAAAGAGAGGAACUUGUCGAUAUACCACCACGAAUCAUGCAUGAUAGGAGGUAUUUUCCAUAUUUUCAAGAUUGUAUUGGAGCUAUAGACGGUACUCAUUUACGUGUUCGUGUUGGUGGCGAUAAAAAGAUCACGUACUGGAAUCAUCAUAACUACACAUCAAUGAACAUUUUGGCAGUGUGUGAUUUCAAUAUGAGAUUUAUAUACACACGUAUUGGAGUCCCGGGACGUGCACACGACUCCAAGAUAUUGACAUAUUGUGCACGUCAUGAUAAUUUUUUCCCAUUCCCAAGCUCGGAGAAGUAUUUUCUAGUGGAUUCUGGCUAUCCUAAUCGAAGGGGGUUUUUAGCUCCUUAUCGAGGUGAAGCGUACCAUCCAAAUCAUUUUGCUGGGCGUAGACCAGGCACUGUACGCGAGACAUUUAACAAGAGACAUUCUUUGCUUCGAUCAGUGAUUGAAAGAACAUUUGGAGUGUGGAAGGGAAAAUGGUCUAUUUUAGAAGGUCGUGUUCAUUAUGAUGUGCAAAUGCAGGAGAAGAUGGUUGCUGCAACUAUGGCAUUGCAUAAUUUUAUUCGAGAUUCUAAUAUAGAGGACGACGACUUCAAUGCUGCAGAAGAAACGGAGAACUAUGAUGCUGAUCGGGAAGGAAACAUGUCUCCAUCUCAUGAUGAUAAUGUAGUCGAUCGAAAUUAUGAUCCAACGGCUGAUCAAUAUAUGUCAACAGUGAGAGACGACAUAGCACGAGAGAUAUGGGAUGCUCGUUAAAGAUGCUCUUCAUUGGCAAUGAACGCAUCAUCUAAAGAUGUUUCUGAAGUUUUCUGUACUAGCUAGUUAUAUUUAAAAUUUAAUAAUUGAGAGAGUGUAAGGAUUCUCAUUUUUGUAUGAUUUUACUCUCCAGGUUUUUCAAAUUUCAUUCAUUGAUC